CAGUAGCAUGAAAGGGAAUUCUUCCUAACGGACAACUGUUGAGCACAUCAGUACUCACGAGAAAGAUUUUGAAAGCUUGAGCCACGUGUGACUGGAAUCAUGUUAAACAAGCCGGUGCUGGUGGAAUCCCUGAUCGUGUUCAUCAUCGUUCUCUUUGUGCACGCAGUGGUGUGGGACCGGUAUUCCUGGUGCGCUGUCGCUCUCGCCAUCCAGGCUUUCUAUGUCCAAUUCAAAUGGGACCGUCUGCUCCAGCUGGGUGGGGCUGUAUUCCAGUUCCGUACAGCAGCUAACAGUGGCCUGCUGCCAGCUAGCAUGGUCAUCCCCUUGUUGGGGAUAGCGAUGAAGGAGAGGUGCAAGUCUGCUGGCAUUGUGUACUUUGAACGUUUUGGCAUAGUUGUAGCUUCCACUGGCAUGCUGGUUGCUCUUUUUCUGUCUGUAAUAGCGGUUGGCAUCACAAAACCUGUGCCAACCAACACUUGCAUACUUACUGGGGUUGCUGGCAGUAUAAUUAUCUAUACCAUGAAGCACUCUUUGACUGUUUCAGAAGUGAUAGAGGUACUAGAAGUGCUGCUAAUUUUUGUCUACCUCAGUAUGAUCUUGCUGUACUUGCUGCCUCGAUGUUUUACUCCUGGAGAAGCAUUGCUGGUUCUUGGAGGUAUAAGUUUUGUUCUCAAUCAGCUCAUUAAACGCUCACUGAAUGUAAUCGAGGGCAGAGGUGAUCCCAUAGACUUUUUCCUUCUGGUAGCAGUUGUUGGAGUUGUUCUACUUGGACUGUUUUUCACUGUGCUCUUCAUUUUCAUGGAUUCGGGUACGUGGAUCUCCUCCAUGUUUUUCCACAUGAUGACAGCAGUGCUAGGCUUAGGGGUCAUCAUGCCCUGGCUGUACCGACUGAUCCAGAGGAACCCUUUGUUCUGGCUACUCCAGUUUCUGUUUCAGACACAGACAAGAGUCUACCUUCUUGUAUAUUGGAGUUUUUUGGCUGCUUCAGCAUGUGGCGUAGUUUUCUACCAGAAUGCUAAGAGAUCAUCUGAAUCUAAAAAACACCAGGCCUCAACUAUAACCAGGAAAUAUUUCCAUUUCAUUGUUGUAGCUACUUAUGUUCCUGGACUGAUCUAUGACCACCAGCUUCUCUACGUUGCUGCAGUACUGUGUCUGGCAGUGUUUAUCUUCUUAGAGUAUAUUCGGUACUUCAGGAUCAAACCAUUUGGCCAAACCCUUAGGCAUCUGCUGUCUCUCUUCUUGGAUGAAAGAGAUAGCGGACCUUUAAUUUUGACUCAUAUUUAUCUCCUCCUUGGCAUGUCUCUCCCAGUAUGGUUGUUCCCCAGAUCUUGCGCUCCUAAGGGUACCUUGUCUGGGGCAGGAGCACUGGUCCCCUACUCUGGGGUACUGGCAGUAGGGGUAGGAGACACUAUUGCCUCCGUUUUUGGCAGUACAAUGGGGGAAAUCAAAUGGCCAGGAACAAAGAAGACCUUUGAAGGGACAAUGACAGCUAUUUUUGCUCAGAUCAUAGCUGUGGCUCUUAUUCUGAUCUUUGACAGCAGCGUGAAUCUGAACUCUGGCUAUGCCUGGAUUCUGGCGUCUGUGAGUUUAGUUUCUCUUUUGGAAGCUUACACUACCCAAAUCGAUAAUCUGCUGUUGCCUCUCUACCUCCAGAUAAUGUUUAUGGCUUAGAAGUACUUCCAGGAACAGAAGUACUGUUCUUCUUUCUAGAGAAAAGGGGUAAUAGAAUAUGCACUGUAAUGAGAGCUCAAAGCUGAUCUAAACACUUUUGGUAUUUGCUAUUUAUCUGCUUUUGGUACAGCAGAUAAAACUGUUAAAAAUGUAAAUGAAAGACCUAUUUAAAAUAAA